UCUGCCGUUAGGGGAGAUUCAAUCAUCAUCUUCUUCCUUAUCUUCUCCAUGGGAGAAACUCGCCAACCAUAUCUCGUCUUCCUCUUCCUCUUUUGCUUCACUCUAUCAGUUGCUGCACAAACCAUUGGUUCGGUUAAGUGCAAGACCGGUUCUCUCCGUUAUCCUUUUGGUUUAUCCGACGGUUAUCCGAUCCGAUUCAACUGCUCUAAGACAACCGGCGAUGCUUUAAUCGGCGAAUUCUCUGUACAGGAAGUGACCAACGCCAACAUCUACGUCACGAUCCCGCCGGUUUGCAAACGUAAGAUCGGUAUAAUCGAACAACUUUUCCGGGAAAAUCUGGCUCCGUCGAGUUCACAGAACAUAAUUCUCUUCCAAGGAUGCAAAGAACAGUCGUUUAAUUGUUUAAUCCGCCGUCAAUUCGUCGAGGAUCGGCUAAAUAUCAGCAGAUGCAAAUCUCCGGUCAAAUGUCUCGACGGAGCCACGACGACAAUUGCCGCCGAUGUGAUGAGCAUCGGAGACGUUUUGAACCGAAGUGGAUGUGAAUAUUGGUUCUCUUCGAUUACGCCUGAUUCCAAGAAUACUAAAUCACAAGUUUCGUUCAAUUUGGGUCGGCUCAAGCUUGAUUGGUGGCUUAACAAAAGUUGCAGUGGCGCCAAUUGCUCGGACAACGCUGACUGUACCGAUGUCAAUCUCGCUGACGGUGGAUUCGGUCAUCGCUGCACUUGCCGGGAAGGAUUUACCGGUGAAGCCUUCACCGUCCCUGGCGGUUGCCGCCGAUUAGUUGGGAAACAUAGAGGACUACGCAAACUCGUCGUUCUUGGUACUGGGGUUUUGGUUGGAGUUCUAGUAGUGGCGGUCUUUAUGUUUGCAUAUAUCUUCCGACACAAACAAUCUGCGUCAUCCGAAAGAACAUCAAUCGCGAAUCGCUUGCUUUGCGAGUUAGCCGGAAACUCCAGCGUUCCUUUCUAUACCUACAAAGAGAUUGAGAAAGCUACCGACAGUUUCUCCGACAGGAACAAGCUCGGAACCGGAGCGUACGGAACUGUCUACGCUGGCGAAUUCCCAAACAGCUCAUGGGUCGCUAUAAAACGUCUCAGACGUAAAGACACUACGAGCAUUGACCAAGUGGUGAACGAGAUCAAGCUUCUCUCCUCUGUGAGCCACCCAAACCUAGUCCGUCUCUUAGGUUGCUGCAUCGCCGAUGGAGAACCGUUUUUAGUCUACGAUUUCAUGCCAAACGGAACGCUUUCUCAGCAUUUACAACACGAGAGAGGCCAAACACCGCUUUCUUGGCCCCUCCGUCUCGCCAUUGCGUCUCAAACCGCGAACGCAAUCGCACAUCUCCACUCUUCAGUAAACCCUCCUAUCUACCACCGAGACAUCAAAUCUAGCAACAUCCUCCUGGACUACGAAUUCAACUCCAAGAUCUCGGAUUUCGGACUCUCUAGGCUCGGCAUGUCCACCGAUUUCGAAGUGUCUCAUAUCUCCACGGCUCCACAAGGCACUCCAGGAUAUGUAGACCCGCAGUAUCACCAAGAUUUUCAGCUCUCAGACAAGAGCGAUGUGUAUAGCUUUGGAGUUGUUCUCGUCGAAAUAAUCUCAGGUUUUAAAGUCAUAGACUUUACUCGUCCCUACUCGGAAGUGAAUCUAGCCUCUCUUGCGAUCGACUGGAUAGGAAGAGGGCGUGUGGUAGAUCUCAUCGAUCCAUGCUUAAAAACAAACAAGGAUCCGAAAACGUUUGCCUCUAUCCACAACUUAGCCGAGCUGGCGUUUCGCUGCUUAUCCUUUCACAGAAACAUGAGGCCUACAAUGAUAGAAGUUACUGAAGAUCUCCAACGGAUUAAGCUAAUGUACUUUGGUGCAAGUCAGGGAAGUCCAAAAACAGAUAUGAAGAGACAAGUAUCAUCUCUGAGUGUAUGAAAGUCGCGGGCUGCAGAAAAUUAGAUUAGUUCCGUCUUAUAUAACUUCUGUUUGGUUCCUUGUGUAUGAAGUAAAAACCCACAACAUAGCACAUUUGCUAAAAACAUUGGGCCAUUUCAAUUCUACAGAUGUCCUCCGAGGUGGGCCUUGGGAAUUUACAAUGUGAUAGACCACCUAUUAAACAUAAUAUAAGUU